UAUAGUCACACUACCUCAGUCGAAUUAGACACACUACGUUGCAAAAGGUCCCCCACCUUUUGUAAGCUAAACUCCUUUUUUUGUGCUAAUUUGACUUGGCUAGAUAGUCUUGAGUUCAAAGUACAUAUGAUUUAUAUGAAAACAAAUUAAAAAACUUUUAGUGAAAACUCAACUAAAUAGUUGCUUAAAUAAAUAAAAUUAUCAUAAUAGAGUUAGUCCACGGACAUCAUUCAAUCGGACAAGUUAAAGAAUUUAACAUACUGCUAUACCAAUUAAUGAUCAGAGACAACAGCGACAGAUUAACAAAUAACAGAAAGCUUCGGACUCACAUCGCAAUGAAAAGACAAGUGAUCUUCACAGCUUAUGGAUUCUUCGAUCUGGAUUAUACCUUGGUCCAUUCCAUGUUAGCAGCUGCCACAACUUACUUGAUAAUCCUGAUACAAUUCAACGAGCCUACAGCGCCUAAUGAGUUCGCCACCGAACUACCAGUUACAGAACUUCCGUUCUUCUUGACCUCUCCUUCAUGAAUGAUCUAUCUUUGCCAUCACAGAUGAUACAAAAACAGAAAUGUGAAUUGAUUUUUGAAUGUUUUGAUCCAUCAUAAAUUUAUUCUCUACGUUCAAUAAUAUUUAAUGUUGAAUACUGAGAGUUUCGAAUAAAACCUUCGCCAAG